ACCACCGGAUGACGUAGUCGCCCAAUCAGCGGGGCGCUCUUUCUAUUUUCUACUUAACUCCGCCCCUCGUCUCUGACGUCACCAGCACGGCUCGUUAACGCGCUCUCGCGUGCACGCGCGCACCUGCAGCUCGUUCAUGACUCCAGCCAGCAGAUCCUCCUCACUCUUCUUCUCCUCCUCCUCUUCCUCCGUGUGUGUGCUGUGUCCGGGAAUGAGAAGGAGUGAUGGCGGGCUGUGGCAGCGAGGAGAAAGCUUACCGCCGCUUCCUGGAGCUGUUCCUCAGGGAGAUGCGGCCACCUUUACCGGAGGACUCACCUGUUCCCGCGCGCCCGCUGUCUGACACGCUGGUGGAGGACGAGCUGGAGGGAGAAAGUCUGGACCUGUGUCUCCAGCACCUGUGUAAAUAUAACUGCCCGUUCCCCCUGGCGGCAGGUUUGGCCCGUAGUACAGCCGACAGCGUUCUUCAGACUGAUCUCUCCAGCUGUCACAUCACCAAGAGCACUGAGGACGGCACAGAGACCGAAACGGUUCCCCAGAUUGAAGCAGUGAAGUUGGCUCGUCUGGUGUUUAAUAAGCUGUGUGAGACAUGCUGCUUGUGGCUGAAGGGUUUCCCGUCACGACGCCGCUCUCAGACCUACUACGAGACCUCCAUCCACGCCAUUAAAAACAUGCGGCGCAAGAUGGAAGACAGACACGUCAUCAUCCCUGACUUUAACACACUUUUCAACCUGAAGGAUCAGGAGGAUCAGGCAUACUUCGCCGUGUUUGAUGGUCACGGUGGCGUCGACGCUGCAACCUACGCUGCAAAUCAUCUCCAUGUCAACCUGGUGAAGCAGGAGAUGUUUAGCCAGGACCCUGGAGAAGCUCUGUACAAAGCCUUCAAAGUCACAGACGAGCGAUUCGUAAAGAAAGCUUCACGAGAGAACCUACGCUGUGGAACCACUGGGGUCGUGACCUUCCUGCGAGGUCAGACUCUGUAUGUUGCCUGGCUUGGAGACUCUCAGGUCAUGCUGGUGAAAAAAGGACAAGCAGUGGAGCUGAUGAAACCCCACAAACCAGACCGAGAGGAUGAGAAACGGAGGAUCGAGGCUCUGGGUGGGUGUGUGAUUUGGUUUGGGACGUGGAGAGUGAACGGCAGCUUGUCCGUGUCCAGAGCCAUCGGAGACUCUGAGCACAAGCCGUACAUCUGUGGUGACGCUGAUCACAUGCUGCUCCCUCUGGACGGCACUGAGGAUUAUCUGAUCCUGGCGUGUGAUGGUUUUUAUGACACGGUGUGUCCGGAGGAGGCGGUGCGUGUCGUCUCUGAUCACCUGCAGGAGAAUAACGGAGACACGGCCAUGGUGGCGCACAAACUGGUGGCCUCGGCCCGCGACGCCGGCUCGAGCGACAACAUCACAGUCAUCGUAGUGUUCCUCAGGGACCCGCGGGCUCCGCCUCCAUCUGUGGAGCAGCAAGAAGAAGAAGAGGUGGAACCUGAAGAGGAAGAGGAAGUGGAUGAAGAAGAGGAGGAGGAAGAGGAGGCGAUGCAGGGUGAGUUGGUGUGUCAGGACGGCGGUGGGGAGAACGGAGGGAAAGUGCGUGGCGGCUGGCCCCUGCAGCAGUGCUCGGCUCCCGCCGAUCUGGCCUACGAAGAGCGCACCGACUCCUUCACGGACAGGACGAGUCUGAGCACCACGGGGCCCGAACUCCUGCUCACCACCGGGGGCUGCUUCUGUCCCUCUACCAGCAGGUCAGACCUGGGCAUGAGAGGAGGAGGAGGACGCCGUCGGCUGUGUCCCAAACCUCGGGUCCCGUCCUGCAGCGGAGGCUGGGUGGAAGCGGCGUCUCUGUUCCCUCAACAGGGACGGAGAAAGAGGAGGCUAGAUGAAGAGCUGGAGCGCAGGAAGGAGGGAAAGCGGAGCAUCCGAAAGAGGAGCGAGUGCCGUGAGACCCUGAGCUCCUGGCCUCAAGUACCUGAGCCGCCGCGUUACGCCGAGACCCGGCCAGGUGUCGCCCUUCCUCGCUUAACACACGAAUACGCCAUCUAAAUCCACCCCCUCACACGUACAUGCGCACACACUAUACACACACACACACACACACACACACACACACACACACACCAUGUUCACAUUAAUGUCUAAUAUUCAUUAUUGCCUCCUGCUGGGCAAAGCCACAUUUUACAAACAUGCUACAAUCUCUCUCACACUCACACACUCACACUCACUCUCACACACACACACACACACACACACACACACACACACACACACAGAAAUGAGCUAGACCAGAGAUGGUGUAGAAUAUUUUUAGUGACUGAACGUUCUGCCGUUUUUAUUAUUUAUUUCUGCGUCUUCUUUAAACAAUUUAACAACACAAUUCUCACAUUUUAGCUGAUUUUCUCUUUGUGUAGUUACUAACUAGCAGCGUGUCGUUCCUGACGUAGCGGACGGUCCCUCGCUCCGACACCACGGAACUAAAAGCUCUGAUUACCUUUUAACAGUGAAAACAAAUCGUUAAAGUUUAAACUCCGUGCUGCUGUAAGCGGUCGUGUCGGUUUAGAGCCACACACUCGUCCACACACUGGGGGGUUCGCAGGGUUUCCAGCCUCCACACGUCUUCCUCAGGUUAGAGUGAGAAUAAGGACAGAAGACCACAUGAUAUAAAACAUUUAGAAAUGUAGGUUGUUCACUGACAGACUUAAAGUCACUGCAUGGCUCCUCUGAGUCUGUUAGAAAACGGUAGCAGAGUUUUUUAACUUUAUUCACCAAACAUUUUACUCAGUACGAGUUUCAACACUUGGGCUGAGCGAGCGGUUCUGUCAGAGACGCAGACGCACUCGCUGUGUUCAUGGUGACGUAGAGACCAAAGAAAGGCCUUCAGCCGUGUGUGUGUGAGAGAGACAGUACCUUGUACAGAGUGGUACACUUGGUGUGUGAGGACAUCAGCACUUUCCCUUUUUAUGUCAGCUGCUCUGUGUGCUGUUGAACAGUAGAAUAGUGUGUGAGCACAGAGGAAGCUGCUGAAGUGAACCGUGUGUGUGUUGAGGGAUGAGACGUGUGUGUUGGUCCGUGUGUGUUGAGGGAUGAGACGUGUGUGUUGAGGGAUGAGACGCCGUAAAUCCCCCCUGAUGGAAACAUACAGCCUCCAGUUUAGUGUUACAUGUAAAUCCUCCCAUUAGAGGGCGUGGCCUAAAUGUUUAUGCUAAUUACCAUAAAGUUCAUUUAAAAUAAUAUACAGACUUUAGGAAACUUUCUGUAGAGACAUUAUGGAGACAAAUGAGAGGAUAUAAACAUGUAGAUAUGGACCUGUAAGAAAACACACACACGCGCGCACACGCACACGCACACACACACACACACGCGCACACACACACACACGAGAAACCAUGACCUCACCCAUGCUUGUGGAGAGCUUGUCCACGGUCGUGCUGCAGACUGUCAGUGUUCCCUUCUUCUGUGAGAUGAGGAAGCCUCUGUGAAACCUUCUGAAAUCUCCUCCUCAUCAUCAUCUUCAGCCCUGCUGCUGAGCUCACACCUCAUCUCUGUUGCUCCAGGAGCCGGAAACAAAUCGCUAGCGAGGAUGAAGGUGCAGGAAUCCUCCUCAGACACUGAGAACACACUCUUCAUGAGUGAGAGGAUUUCAGGCAGCACCGUUUUUCUGCUCAGACUCUGGAAUGUAUUCACAAUGAAAACGUUCACCGUGUUUACACACGUCAUCGUGUUCCUCACGCUCACAACGUGUGACAUCACCUGCAUCUCUGCCACUCUGAGGUUCUGCGUCUCGUGCCAACGUGCACAAGUGUUCACACUCUCCCUCGUUCCAAUGGACUCGAAUAUAUUUAAAGGAAUUAUAGUAAAGCAACAUGUAUAUAUGUAUUUUUGUGUGUGUGUGUGUGUGUGUGUGUGAGAUGCUCUAAGUCUUAUUAAUGUGAUAGUUAGGUCUCAGACACACACCUGGAGUUGUGUAUGAAUUCUUCAGCCAUGAUGUCCAUCUACAUUUAAUCCUAAAGUAAACUACUUGAAAUGACCCAAAAAGGAGGACGUGCCGUGAUCACACACACUCACACUCAGUGACACACUCACACUUUCCUCCUUCGUGUUCAGGGAUCCUGCGCCUCUGUUCUGCACACUGACGGCACGCUCCUGCUCGUCUCACCUCUCACUUCCUGUCUCCUCGUCUGUGAUCUUCACCUUUGCUUUAACUUCCUGUAAGCAAUAAUAAACCUACUGAAGCCAUGAGACACUCGGAGCUGCAGAGCAAAGAUCCUCCCUCAAGUUCAUGAAGCUCAUCACUGGAUUCUUCGACACCAACAGUUCAGCAGGACCGACGGCGUCCGUCUGUGCCCUUGAAGCUGAGGCGUGGUCACUGCGUGAAGUUUUAGUGCUGGAGCUACGAGGACGUUGACGCUGACACGUACGUGCCAUGACGUCUCCAGGACACGUCACCACGUGGCCAACACCGGACCUGGAGCUGUAAGGUGAAGGUGCGGUCACCUGUGUGGGACCUGAACGUCACAGAGAAGGAAGCAGGAAUGACGUGACCACAUGAACUGCUCCAUCUUCAGCCCUCCGUUAUAUUGUAGACAGACGAACAGUAACGACACGUCGUCUUUGUUACCUGCUCUCUUAGUAACUGUGUGUUUAAGCUCAUUACUUAUGAAUAUUCACAUUAUUUCAACUGGAAUAUUAAGAGAUCAGUAAUCUAUUUAAUGAUCUAAUCCUCAGCGUGGUCUGGUGUAGCUCCGCCCCUAGACUCCGCUCCAGAGAUUUAACAGUAGGCUCUGGGCAGAUAAACGGGUGCAGUAAGGCAUUGGGGUAGAUUUUGGGGACAGAAGCAAACUUCACAGAGAGAGACUCGUCUCUGCUGAUGUGGAGCUGGUGAUUUUUUGCUGAACUCCUCUUUAAUACUGUGUAAGACUCUUUAUCAGGGCUCUGAGCGAACAGACAGGUCCAGACGACGUCUAGACGUCUCGCUGAUUGUGUACGGAUGUUUAAGUGAAACUGACUCAUUAAAGAUGUUAGCCUUUAAAACACACACACACACACACACACACACAGAGGACAAUCCCAUCCUCACGCUCACCGUCUCACGUCUAGGAGCUUUUUCUUUUGUUUCCUGUUCAGUUACUGGAUGAUGAACACGACGAGUCACGUCUUCUCCUCUGUCCUAGUUUAGGACCUCACGUCUCCAUCAUCUCCUCCAGGAUCCUCAGUAACCUGCUGACACCAGACACCCUGUCACCCGUCUCCAGACUAGCUCACAGUACAUAGUGAACCUGUGUGUGUGUGUGUGUGUGUGUGAGUGU